CAGAUUUCUCGACAACCGACCACCGACUACCGCAACCAUGGGCCGUCUUCACAGCAAAGGAAAGGGCAUCAGCGCCUCGGCCAUCCCAUACUCGCGAUCUGUGCCUACCUGGUUCAAGAGCACACCAGAGACCGUCGUCGAGAACAUCUGCAAACUCGCCAGAAAGGGUGCGACUCCUUCUCAAAUUGGUGUCGUCCUCCGAGACAGCCAUGGCGUUGCCCAAGUCAAAGUCGUUACUGGUAACAAGAUCCUGAGAAUCCUCAAGUCAAAUGGUCUCGCCCCAGAAGUUCCAGAAGACCUCUACAUGUUGAUCAAGAAGGCCGUCGCUGUCCGCAAGCACCUCGAGCGCAACCGAAAGGACAAGGACUCCAAAUUCCGCCUUAUUCUCAUCGAGUCCAGAAUCCACCGUCUCAGCAGAUACUACAAGACUGUCGGUGUUCUGCAACCCAACUGGAAGUACGAGAGCGCCACUGCAAGCACCAUGGUCGCAUAAAGCUUCUAUCAUAUUAUCCGGAAAGUGACACUGGUCCUUUGAAAAAUGCCGUAUGGCCAACAGAUCAUGGGGACUGGGGAGGAGAGUGAGGAGGGCGUUACGAAGUAUUAAAUAGCAUGCAGAUACCCAUGAUAGGGAUGAGUGCGUCGCUAUCGACUCAAAGUCAAUCAGAAAGUAUUGUGACAGGAGAUAGUCUGGUCUGAGCAAACAAUUACUACAAGAUCUGUCGUUUCGACAGAAGCCAGGUCUUUCUCCUUGCCUGCGCGAGACCUCCGCUCGCUUAUUUUCUUGAACCGCC